UUUCUCAUUUCUCCUUUAUUUAUUUGUAAACAAAAAAAAUGUAAACACAUUUUUAAAAAUUAUUAAUAUUAUCCUUGUUAUAGCUCCUAUCAAACAUGAAACUGAAUAGUUUUUGUAGAAUAUGCAUGAAUAAAAGUAGUAAAUUAACACCAAUAUUUGACCCUAUAAAGCCUCCUUAUUUUUCACUGUUAAUAAUGGCUUGUGCUUCAGUCCAGAUUGAAAAAGAUGACGAGUUACCCGCUUUUAUAUGCCUGAAAUGUAUUUCAAGAUUGAACAUAGCAUUUCAGUUCAAGACAGACUGCGAAUCCUCAGAUAGGAAAUUCAGGGAGUAUAUUCAAAAACAGAAACUAGAGUCUAUUCAAAAUAAGGCACUCGAGAAGGUACUAGAAGAUGCUUCUCCUACAAGAAACCAGCAAACACAAAUCGGUCUCUCUGAGAUUGUUGUUGAGCAGAAUGGGCAUAAUAUCUAUUAUCAGCAGCAAGAAGAACAAUUCAAUGUUAUUCAUAUUGAAGAAUCCUCAACAUACGAAAAUGGCCUAAUUAACGUAGAUACAGAUAAUAUUAAGAUAGAAGAAUUCGUAGAUGACCUCGUAAAAUACCCACCUCAAGACCCACCAAUAUCCUCAAAAAAAUCGAAAAAACAACCCAAAGUCCAUGAGUGCAGCACUUGCAAAAAAGUUUUCAAAACCAAAUCUAGCCUGGUGCAUCAUGUUAGGAUCCAUACAGGAGAAAGGCCCUAUCACUGCCAUAUUUGUCAAAAAAGGUUCAUGAAUGGUGGCCAUUUACAUACUCACAUGAAAACUCACACAGGAGAAAAGAACCAUGUUUGUGCUGUUUGUAAUAAAGGCUUUGCGACCGCUCAACAAUUAACUAAGCAUACCAUAGCUAUACAUACAUCGGAGAGGCCUUAUGGAUGUACUUAUUGUCCAAAAAGAUUUGCAAGUUCGAGUAAUUUAAACACUCACUUAAAAGUCCAUACGGGUGAGAAAAAUUACCAUUGCGAAGUGUGCGGGAAAACUUUUUGCACCAGAGGCCAAUUGAAGCAGCAUUUGAUGGUGCACACGGGCCUUAAGUCAUUUCUGUGCGAGUUUUGCAACAAAAAGUUUUCGCAAAAAGCACAUUUAGUGAGACAUGCCAAAGUACAUAAGCGACAUGAGAAUUGUAAUCCUAACUGUAACAUGUUGAAGCAAGAACAUUCAUAAAAUUAUAGUUUUUUGUACAAGGAUGUGCCUGUCCCUGAUAUCAUCUAUGGCACACUGUUCAGUUCAAGAAGGGGUCGUAUUUUCGAAUUCAUUCGAGUACAUUUCGUAUACGAAAUUUGAUUGACAGCAAUGUAAAUUAAAUGGAGAGUAUUUGAAAUCGAAUCAAAUUUGGUAUGCGAGAAUAUUCGGAAAUACGACCACAGUGUGAACUAUAUUUUCUGUGGAGCUGUGUAGUUUGUAAUCUAGAAAAACUCAAAACAAGUGAAAUAAAAAC